GGGAGGCCUAGUAGCCGCAGGAAUUUUGGAGUUGCCGCAUGGGGUUCUAGGAGCAGUAGGCAAGACAGCCCCAAAGCCUUGUGGGAGUUGUAGUCUCCGGAGCCACUUCCGUGCCAGACUUCCGCGUGUGGGGCUGUUGGGACGUCCUAGUACCGCGUUCUGUCCAGGGGCAGCCGACUCCUCCCCGCCCGCCCGCCCGGAACCCGCGAUGCCCGCGCCGCAGUGCGCCUCCUGCCACGCGGCGCGCGCCGCCCUCCGCCGCCCGCGCUCCGGCCAAGCGCUGUGCGGCGCCUGCUUCUGCGCCGCCUUCGAGGCCGAGGUGCUGCACACGGUGCUGGCGGGCCGCCUGCUGCCGCCCGGCGCCGUGGUGGCCGUGGGCGCCUCCGGCGGCAAGGACUCCACGGUGCUGGCGCACGUGCUGCGCGAGCUGGCGCCGCGCCUGGGCGUCUCGCUGCGCCUGGUGGCCGUGGACGAGGGCAUCGGCGGCUACCGGGACGCGGCGCUGGCGGCCGUGCGGCGCCAGGCGGCGCGCUGGGACCUCCCGCUCACCGUCGUGGCCUACGCCGACCUCUUCGGGGGCUGGACGAUGGACGCCGUGGCCCGCAGCACGGCCGGCUCCGGCCGCAGCCGCGCCUGCUGCACCUUCUGCGGGGUCCUGCGGCGCCGCGCGCUGGAGGAAGGGGCGCGCCUCGUGGGAGCCACGCACAUCGUGACGGGCCACAACGCCGACGACAUGGCGGAGACCGUGCUCAUGAACUUCCUGCGGGGCGACGCGGGGCGGCUGGCCCGGGGCGGGGGCCUGGGCUCGCGGGGCGAGGGGGGCGCGCUGCCGCGCUGCCGCCCCCUGCAGCUGGCCUCGCAGAAGGAGGUGGUGCUGUACGCGCACUUCCGCCGCCUCGACUACUUCUCGGAGGAGUGCGUCUACGCGCCCGAGGCCUUCCGCGGCCACGCGCGCCACCUGCUCAAGCUCCUGGAGGCGGCGCGGCCGUCGGCGGCGCUGGACCUGGUGCACUCGGCCGAGCGCCUGGCCUUGGCCCCGGCCGCGCGGCCCCCGCCCCCCGGCGCCUGCUCCCGCUGCGGGGCGCUGGCCAGCCGCGCGCUCUGCCAGGCCUGCGCCCUCCUGGACGGGCUGCAGCGCGGCCGGCCCCGCCUGGCCAUCGGCAAGGGCCGCGGGGGGCGCGACGAGGAGGGGUCGUCGGGGCCGCCACCCCCGCCUCCCAGCGACCCCGGCUCUGCGCCGGGCCCCGCCGCCGGGGGGUGCGGGGCUGCCUGUAAAGAGCGCUGCGAAUAAACCCAAGGGACCUCCG